AUGAAGACUUCUCAAAAACGAGGACGCAAACACAAAAGACAAGAUGCUUCCUCGUCGGAAAACGCCGGCGGCGACGUUAAAGAAGCUUCGGUAACACAGUUCAACGAAUCGGCUUUACCUCAAUCACCUGAGCCUGUUUCUGCUUCCGAAACAAACCCAUCUCCGUCUCGACGCAACCGUGGAAGAGGCAAGAAACGCCGAUUGAACAACCAAUCGGAAACCACCGAACAACGCGGCGGCGGAGGAAUUGGUCAGAGAUCGUCUCGUCAUCAUCAUCACGCUGAUCAGAACGGUGAUUGUAACAAUGGGAUGAUUGUUUCGACGGCGACGGAAUCGAUUCCUGCUGCUCCGAGUUGGGAAACUGUUGUGAAAGUUGUGCCUUCGAUGGAUGCUGUUGUUAAAGUGUUUUGUGUUCAUACUGAGCCUAAUUUCUCUUUGCCAUGGCAAAGGAAACGUCAGUAUAGCUCUGGUAGUAGUGGAUUCAUUAUCGGAGGAAGAAGAGUUUUGACUAAUGCACAUUCCGUUGAGCAUCAUACUCAAGUUAAGCUCAAGAAACGUGGCUCUGAUACGAAGUACUUAGCGACGGUUUUGGCUAUUGGAACCGAAUGCGAUAUUGCUUUGUUGACAGUUACUGAUGAUGAGUUUUGGGAAGGAGUAUCACCUGUGGAGUUUGGAGAUUUACCAGCUUUGCAAGAUGCUGUAACUGUUGUUGGUUAUCCAAUCGGUGGUGAUACAAUCUCUGUAACAAGUGGUGUUGUUUCGCGUAUGGAGAUAUUGUCUUAUGUGCAUGGCUCGACCGAGCUUUUAGGCUUGCAGAUCGAUGCAGCUAUAAAUUCCGGGAAUUCUGGUGGUCCUGCAUUUAACGACAAAGGAAAAUGUGUCGGCAUUGCUUUUCAGUCUUUGAAACACGAAGAUGCUGAGAAUAUUGGUUAUGUCAUACCUACACCGGUGAUUGUACAUUUCAUUCAAGAUUAUGAGAAGCAUGAUAAAUACACAGGUUUUCCUGUUAUUGGGAUUGAGUGGCAGAAGAUGGAAAAUCCAGACUUGCGUAAGAAAAUGGGAAUGGAAUCUCAUCAAAAGGGAGUGCGGAUAAGAAGAAUCGAGCCAACCGCCCCGGAGUCACAGGUUUUGAAGCCAUCCGAUAUCAUCCUUAGCUUUGACGGAGUUAAUAUUGCUAACGACGGAACUGUUCCGUUUAGGCAUGGAGAACGAAUCGGCUUUAGCUAUCUUAUAUCUCAAAAGUACACUGGCGAUUCUGCUCUUGUGAAGGUUCUACGUAACAAAGAGAUACUUGAGUUCAACAUAAAACUUGCAAUCCACAAGAGGCUAAUCCCUGCACACAUAAGUGGCAAACCUCCUUCCUACUUCAUCGUUGCUGGAUUUGUAUUUACAACUGUCUCUGUGCCAUAUCUUCGAUCUGAGUAUGGAAAAGAAUACGAGUUUGAUGCACCUGUCAAGCUAUUGGAGAAACAUCUUCAUGCAAUGGCUCAAUCUGUAGACGAGCAGCUUGUUGUAGUGUCACAGGUUCUUGUUUCUGACAUCAACAUUGGUUAUGAGGAGAUUGUCAAUACCCAGGUUCUGGCUUUCAAUGGUAAACCUGUGAAAAACUUGAAAGGUUUGGCUGAGAUGGUGGAGAAUUGUGAUGAUGAAUACAUGGAAUUUAAUCUAGAUUAUGAUCAGAUUGUUGUUCUGCACACGAAGACAGCGAAGGAAACCACAUUAGAUAUUCUGACCACACAUUGCAUACCUUCUGCUAUGUCUGAUGAUCUCAAGACUUGA